CAGAUUAGACUUCCUGACUUCUGGCUGGCUGAAGUUCUUGUCCUCCUUUCUUCCCUCCCUCAGAGUUUCUUUCUUUCCUGACUUUGGCCGGGAGGGGAAACAAGACAGACGUUUGUGUUUCCCGGAGAGGGAUUUUGAGGAAAUUCAGAGGAUCUGAGAGAUUGUCUUCCUUCCUAAAUCCAGACCCCAAGAUCCCAGGAGAAAGAGGAGAAAGAGUCAUGAUCCAGCUGCUGCUUUUGGGGCUGCUGCUGGCCUCAGCAACUCAGGGACAAAGGGACGAGCUGAGCUCCGAAGAGGAAAGAAAGGCUCUGAUGCUCAAGCACCUGCAGGAGAUCCUGGAGUUGUCAGAAAUGACAGAAGAGGAGCCUGUGCACGAGGUCACCUUGAAGGAGACAGAGGAAGACUCGACUGGCAAGGAGAUCUUUGAGGAAGAGGAGGAGGAUGAAGAAGAGGAAAUGCCUCCUCGCACCACUCUGUUGACCCCAACGACAGCGUCACCAGCUCAAGAGGAGGAGGAUGGUUUCACCUAUGUCUUCUCGCGUCUGAACAGCCUGGAUGCAGCUGUCCACCGUCUCAACGUACAGUUCUACCACAUGGACUUGAAAGUUUCCCAGUUCUCCCAAGGCCUGGCUGAACUGAAGGGUGGCCUGGCUGAGACCCGCGAAUCCCUCGCCUCCUUGAAUGAAGUCGCCACACGCAACCAGAAAGAGCUUGGACGCAUUGAUGGUUGCUUGCGGGGCCGACGCACUCAGACCAAAUGCUUCCUGAUCUUCAAGAACUUUGAAGUCUACGAUGCGGCCCAAAAACUCUGUGAAGUCAGAGGAGGCCACCUGGCAAUGCCUGCUGAUGCCACCGAGCUGGCUGUCCUCCGCCGCUACCUCCAUGAUGCCUUCCAACCCUACAACUGGCCAGCCUGGGUGGGCAUCCACGACCGCCGUUCUGAAGGGCUGUGGCUCUUUGAGAACGGGCAUCGUGUCUCCGUCUUUGACUGGUACCGCGACCACUUAGUGACUCAACCCAAUGGUGGUGCUCGUGAGAACUGUGUCUCCCUCAGCUCAGAUGAUGGGAAAUGGUGGGACAAUGACUGUGAGCGACGCAUGUAUUACAUCUGCGAGUAUCGUCUUUAGGGAUGGAGGCAACUGCUUUUGGUCAGGUUCAGGCCCUCGUGUGCUUCAUUGAAUGGAUGCCCUUCCAUUACCAGUAUAAUGAUGAUUAGCCCAUCUAAUCAUCUAAGCAGUGAUUGGCUACAACUUCUGGGAGGCAGUAGAUUUGCCCAUUUUUUGCAUGUAUGUAUGAGUGCCUAUUUCUUCUUCCAAUGCAUUCUAAUAUUCUACCCCAGUGGAGAGGAAUACACAUCCCUCUAGGUGCUAUUAGAAUUCAUUUUCCACCUGCCCAUUGUGUCUAAAAUAGAACAUCAUGGUUAUCUCCAUAGCAUGUGGAGAGCAACUUUCUUUGUUCCAUGCAAAGAUUAUGGGAGUUGUAAUCCAACUAAACCUGGAGAGUUGCACAUUCCCGAUCUCUGCCCUAUCUAAAGGCACAUGCAGCUGCAAGUGGUCUUGUUUUGUUGUCUUAUUUUAGGGAGGAGGAACCUGUGGCUUUCCAGAGUUUGGAGGAUUUCAGCUCCGAUCAGACUAAGCCAAGCUAGCCAAUAGUAAGGCAUGAUGGGAGUUCAGCAAUAUCUGGAGGGUUACUCUCCCUCCAUUCCUAUCUAAAAGUGCAUUGUGAUCCUCAUAACCACAGAAUUCAUAUCUGUGGUUUCAUAUACAAAUGCCUUGGAAAAAAUUGUCUCUAUAGGAAUUUGCUAGGUCUUCCAGGUGAUUCAAUGGUAUGCUCAAUGGUAUGCUGUCCCAGAAGUUACACUGGAGGACUUAGCAAAUUCCUAGAGAGAUCAUGAUAUGCUGAACCAAAAGGAAGAUAACUGAAUGAUGUUUGUCAUACACAUAGUUCAGAUAACUGCAGACUGACAGGGAAUAUACUCCCUGCAUAUAUGGGGAUCGUACCAUAUCCCACUUAUUUGGUAACCCUUCUGACCACAAAGUUAAGUUGUAUUUAGCACAGACCUUGGAAAAGUUGUUUUUUAGAAUACAAGUCUCAGAAUCUUUCAUCAGCAUGGCCAUUGGUUAUCUUGACUGAUGGAUUCUGGGUCUUGUAGUCCAUAAGAGUGGCUUUUCCAAGCUGUGAUCAAGUCCCCUUCCAAUAGGAAGAUAUACCCCCCACAGUUGCAAGCAAAGAAUAAUUCAGUUCCACAGGGCUUUGCUUUUUCUGUUGCCUGGUGAUGCUCGCAGUACUCACACGGUUUAACAGGAUCUAUCUGGAACCAAAUUACCCAAAAGCGAUUUAAUGCACUUCAAAGCUCCAGAACCUGUUGUUUAGACCCCGUGGGGACCCUGCAGUCUGUUUCAUAUUGGACUGUAUGAUGAGGCUAAGGUCCACAUAGAGAAUUAGUUUUGCUGCAGAGAAAACACCAUUAUCCUUCUCCAAACCAAGGGCAAAACGGGACUUGCGUGCCUCAUUUCUUUCCAGUAUGUAUCUAGCAUUGAGUCAGUCUGGGAUCCCUAAACAGAUUGGAGCUGUGAUGUAACGAGGAGAAUUUUAAUCUGUGCCUCUGUCUGCUAAUGAUAAUCAGUCUCCAUGAAAGCCAGAGCAUGGAAGAGUCCCAGUUUUGGACUACAAAUCCCAGAAUACCAGAGGACACUUCUGGAUAUCAUAGUCCGAAAAGAGCUCGGGCUACAAACAGUUGUACUGGGGAAAAUUUAAGUGUAAUACAGUUGUUUUGAAAUAAGAAACAUUCAAGAUAAGUCUUCUGAGGAUCCCUCACAUCACUUAGAAUCAUAGAGCUGGAAGAGACCUCAUGAGCCAUCCAGUUCAACCUCCUGCCAAGAAGCAGGAAAAUUACAUUCAAAGUACCUCUGAUAGAUGGCCAUCCAGCCUCUAUUUAAAAACCUCCAAAGAAGGAGCCUCCACCACACUCCAGGGCAGAGAGUUCCACUGCUAAACAGCUCUCACAGUGAGGAAGUUCUUCCUAAUGUUAGGUGGAAUCUCCUUUUCUGUAGUUUGAAGCCAUUGUUCUGCGUCCUAGUCUCCAGGGCAGUAGAAAACAAGCAUGCUCCCUCCUCUCUAUGACUUCCUCUCACAUGCUGUAUUUAUACAUGGCCAUCAUGUCUCCUCUCAGCCUUCUCUUCUUCAGGCUAAACAUGCCCAGCUCUUUAAGCUGCUCCUCAUAGGGCUUGUUCUCCAGGCCCUUGAUCAUUUUAAUUGCCCUCCCCUGGACCCAUUCCAGCUUGUCAACAUCUUCCUUCAAGUAUGAUUCCAGAUGUGGUCUGACCAAAACUGAAUAGAGGAGUAGCAUGACUUCCCUGGAUUUAGACACUAUACUCCUAUUUCUGCAGGCCAAAAUCCCAUUGGCCUUUUAGCUGCUGCAUGUUACUGUGGGCUCAUGUUCACCUUCCUGUCCACGAGGAUUCCCAAUAUCUUUUUCACAUGUACUGCUAUCAAGCCAUGCAUCCCAUUCUGUAUCUUUGCAUUUCAUUUUUUUCUGCCUGAGUGGAGAGUAUCUUACAUUUAUCCCUGUUGAAAUUCAUUUUGUUAAUUUUGGCCCUUCUCUCUAAUCUGUUAAGAUCUUUUUGAAUUCUGCUCUUGCCUUCUGGAAUAUUAGCUAUCCCUCCCAAUUUGGUGUUGUCUGCAAACUUGAUGAUCAUGCCUUCUAACAUUAAGAUGAUCAUGCCUUCCACAUUAAGGAAACAUAUGGUUUUAAUUCUAAGAUGCUUUUUUUUAUUUUAUGGACCCUUUCAGAAAUCCUAUCAUGUAGAAAACUGAUGGACAUCUUGUCCCCUGAACACCACAAGGUUUAAAAAAAUCUACUCUCCCCCUUAUAUAGACAAAUAUGCAGGGAAUUCAUAUGUUUCUCUCCUGGAUGAUUAUCCCCUUUUUUAAACCCUUAAGAGACAAGGCUGACUUAGUACAGCAUUUAGGGCAGGGCUGGGAAGUAUGUGUCUCCUUGAUGUUGUUAGAUUGCAGCUCCCAUCAUCCAAUGGGCCAUCCUGGCUAGGACUGAUAGUAGUUGUGGUCCAACCACAUGUAUAGGGUUGCAGAUUGCCCACUCCACUUUAGGUUUUCAGGCUAGCAUGUAAGCAGUCUUGUGUUGCUGGCCAGCACAGGGCAGAUUCGCCUUCCUUCUCACAUUGCCAAAUAAAGUUUAGAAAAAACCGUGAAUUGUAA